GGGAGUCCUGCAGGGUAACUGGUAGCUGGGUGUAUAGGGGAGUCCUGCAGGGUAACUGGUAGCUGGGUGUAUAGGGGAGUCCUGCAGGGUAACUGGUAGCUGGGAGUAUAGGGGAGUCCUGCAGGGUAACUGGUAGCUGGGUGUAUAGGGGACUCCUGGAAGGGUAACUGGUAGCUGGGUGUAUAGGGGAGUCCUGGAAGGGUAACUGGGAGUACUGGGGUAUAGAUUAUUUUGGGCUGCCUGUUAGGUCAUCAGUUUACAGGGUAAAGGGGUGUAAAUCUGGGGGGUAUCCUUUGGGUACCAACUGCCUACAAAGCACUUUACCUGUACAGUUGGGGUAAGAGCUCCAGGGGUAUAUUUGGGGUAAGAGCUCCAGGGGUAUAUUUGGGGUCCUGACUGAAUGACUCUGGGGGUUCAGUGACUGUGCCCGGAAGGAUGUGCAAUGUACUGCGGGCAGAGGUGGCCCUGGAGCGGCUGAGCGCCAACAGCACCUUUCCGUCCCAGCGGCGGACCGUGGCGUGCCGGAGGCUGUUCGGGCCGGUGGAUCAUGAGGAGCUCGGCCAGGAUCUGGCGUGCAGGCUGCGGGAGAUGCAGGAGGAGAGCCGCCGCAGAUGGGGCUUUGACUUCCAGCGAGGGGCCCCUGCGCCGGGCAGCAGCUUUGUCUGGGAGGAGCUCAGGGGGGACGCGGUGCCGGCUUUCUACAGGGACACGGACAGCUCCGCGACCCCCGGGGACCCCACGCGGAGCCAAGAGCGCCCCAAACCCAGACUGCCACACAAAGGCGGCCUCAGAUUGGGGGACCCCCAGAAAACUGCACUCACCGUUGGAACUGAAUCCAUCAAGAGGCCCCUCAGCACUGGGCAGAUAACAGAUUAUUUUCCAGUGCGGAAGAAGACAAAAGACACAAAAGCACUUUGUGAAAAGAUAUGCACGGAAUCUUCUAUUCCAAAGGACCAAACUCAGAGGCUUCGCCUUUGAUGAUCAAGAUUUGCACUUACUGUACCUCCCAGCUUUGUAGCAGCUACGGGGACUCGAGAAAGAAAGAAACCGCCUUACAACGACCUACGAAAACGCCAACAAUUUGCUUUCCUUUGGAGAGAAGAAAUGAAGAGAAAUGGUCUCCAGGACGGCUGAUUGUGGCCUGAUCAAAACAGUGUUUUAAUAUUAAUUUACCUGUCCCCAUGUAAUGUGUGACGUGUUCUGAACGGCGUGCGCGUGUGAAUCAUAUCUAUAAGAGUGUGUAUUUUCUAUAGAUUUAUACAUAUGUAUAUUAUAAAAUAUAUGUAUAUGAUGUGGGUAAUGAUGACAUAAUAUUGAUAUUUGCCAGGUUACUUUUGCAAUGACGUCCCAAGGAGACACGGCUCGUAUCUACAUUAUCUGCCUACACAUGUGUGCGUGUGCUUAGCGUGAAUACAAUGUUUCGAAUUUUGUUGAGUUUUUUUUUUUAUUUUAUGAUCCUACUAACUUAUACUAUCUAUUUAUAUCGUUGUGAAUUUGCCAAUUCUAUGUUUUUUUCAUGUUCCAUGAAAACAAAAAAAGGGCAUGAUGUUCAUUUAUUUGAAAAGUGCGACUUUAUUUUAUGCUGUGAUUUUGUUUUUUUUAAUUCUUUUUCUUAAUUUUAUUUGUUAAAUACAAAAUACCGUAAAAUCCUUGUAA